ACGCCUUCGGUGACGUCGUCACGCAGGGCGGUGCACUUCCUGGUUACGGUGCAUUGCGUGUUGUGGUUGAUCGAUGUUCGAGUCCCUGUGAAGGAAUGAUUCAUUUCCUUCAGCGGCGAAACUGGAUGUGCCGGAUCCGCUUAGCGCUCACUCUCCUCGGGCUCCCGUACACCGUGUGCUCCUCCGGACGUAGGUCUGCCAUCGCCUGCUCAGCCUCCCCUCCUUUCAUCAGCAGCCACUCCCCCAGUCCAAUCACUUCCAGUUGCUGUAACCUCUACAUGACCAGCGUGCGGACAAUGCCGACCUCAGCUGCUCCUCACGCACAAUCCAGAUGCCCUCAGUAUCCAGGAUCCAACAUCAAGCGCUUCCCGGUGCCCGAUAACCAGGUGGACUGGAGUCAGAACUGGCAACAGUAUAAUCCAGUCAGCUACACCGACCCUACAGUAGCAAAGAAGCCAGCAUGGGCAGAUCCUGAUAUCAGCUCUUUCAGUCCAAAAUUCAACACUGUGGAUGGUUCUGUAGACAGGACAAGCUUUGAGGGCAGCUUCAAGGUUGAAAAUGGAAAGCCACUGAAUCCUCAUGGACGCACAGGGUUGACCGGUAGAGGUCUGCUGGGACGAUGGGGACCCAAUCACGCUGCAGAUCCUGUUGUCACCAGGUGGAAAGUUGAUGCCAAAGGAGCAAAGAUACAUCACCCUGUCACCAAAAGGCCUAUUCUGCAGUUUGUGUCCAUCAAGAGGAAGGACUGUGGGGAGUGGGCCAUUCCUGGGGGGAUGGUGGAUUCAGGGGAGCAGGUCUCUCUCACGCUGCAGCGGGAGUUCGCGGAGGAAGCGUUAAACUCUCUUUCAGUGUCGCCAUCAGAGAAAGCAAAAAUCUACGAGCGCAUCACCAAACUCUUUAAAUCAACAGGGUUUCCGGUCUAUAAAGGGUAUGUGGAUGAUCCUAGAAACACGGAUAAUGCUUGGAUGGAGACAGUUGUGGUUAACUUCCAUGAUGACUCAGGCAACAGUGUGAGUGAGCUGCCACUGCAAGCCGGCGAUGACGCAGGACAAGUCAAGUGGGCUGAUGUUGACUCGUCCUCCACCCUCUAUGCAAGCCAUUCCCAUUUCCUGGAGCUGGUUGCCAAAGAGAGAAAAUCCCACUGGUAACCAAACCAAGACUGUUCUGACAAAACCAUGAAGGAAACAUGAACAUGAGCAUCACUACUCUCUGAGUGCUGAGAGCGCUUUAUGAUUAGAAUGCAUGACACCUAACCUUAUGUACCGCACUCAUCUUAACAUUAAAUGUACAUUUAAGUUAAUGAAACUAUAAUAAACCCCUCGUUCAUGGUACAUGAUGUACAAUGAAUGAUGGACAAUGUGGCUAUGCAGCUUUAAUCUACUAAUGUAGCAGUACUGAUGAAAUGAAUGUAAGACCUCACUCGGGCCUAGAAUUAACAUCUGUCCUGAGUGAUCUGAUCACAAGUGGCCAGCGCUAAGUACAGGUCUGAACGCACUAACUCUACAUUCAGAGGUUUUGUGAGAAGCAUUUGGCCGCAUUCAUUUAUCUGCUUGAACUCAAAUAUGUCUGCUUACUCAGCUGACGUCCUCUGACCGGUUUUACUAUGAAUAGAGCAAUUUUUUUUUUUUUACACUUCUCAGUGAUCAUACAUUGAUAUGUUUGUGUCCACUGCCACAUUAUCAACACUGGUACUUAUUGAUUGACACUUUUCAUAAAUUGGUAAAAUCUUUCCUCACAUUAGAGCUGCACAAGAUUCAUUCAGGCCCUCCUGAAUCCUCUCUCUCUCUCUCCCCCCCCCCUCCCUCUCCCUUCCUUGCUUGCUAGCAUUGACACUAUAGUCGAGACACACACACACACACACAGAUGCAUUGGAUGCGUCUGUAAACUCCGACUGGCUAAAAACAACAUUAUUUGGUCAACACAACACAAAAUUUACUUUCCAGGAUCUGUUAAGAUUUGAUCACAUGGUUUAAUACCAGGUAUGAAGAGACGAACUUAACACUGACCACUUGUGAACGGAUCCCGAAGGAGCAGGUUGAAAGCUUGGCUGCAGUUUGCUCAGACGACGUUGUAAAAUGUAUGCUGUUUGAUUGAAGAAUUUUCUUUACAAAAAAGAGACUGAAGGUAUAAUAGCCAAGAUGAUGCUCAGUGGCACACUUCACUAAAAGACAAGGCUAACCCCCUUUUUUCCACUGGAACAAAUUAUGCUAAUUUAUUCAAUGUUAACAAGAAUCCCAUUAGGCCAGUGAGAUCUUGGAAGUAAAAUUACAGUGAGCUGCUGAACACAUGCAACAUUAAUGUAAGUGUGAUAAGGGGGCAAUCAGGAAGAAAAGUGUGUGGACUGAUUUUGAUGUGUACGUGUUAAUAGAAAAUGAAGAAGAUGUGCUGGAGCUCAGCACGGUCCAGCAGAGCACUGUCGUUGACAGACUGCAGCUAGAGGACAAACACGUUCUCUAGCGGUAACAGUCGGUGGAAGCUAAGGCCAUUUCACAUUCGACAGCCUGGUCUUUCCAAAUGUUCGCACAAGUAUGUGUCAUCUCACUGGUGGGACAUUGAGAAUUACGCAUCAAGUGGUUUGCAUCUGUUAGGAUUACUGAUACAAACACUUCUGUCAUCAAAAGGCCGUCAACAACCAACAGCUGAGCUCAUAUUAGCUUCAGUGAUGAGAGGCAGCUGCAUCAUCUUAUGAAUCCAACUUUUUAAUAAA